CAAGUAUUGCUCUCUCGGAUGCAAUCCUCGUGUGUGAAACUUGUACAUCAUUUAAAGUGAAAUUUCUGCGGAAGUUGGCAAUCGCUUUCGGAUAGUAGUAUAAUAAAAGGGUAACUGAGGAAAAGAAUCACAUUCCGAUGGCCGUUCGCGUGCAGUUUGAAGGAAAUAACGAGAUCGGUGUGUUCUCAAAACUUACAAAUGCCUACUGUUUGGUAGCAAUCGGUGGUGCUGAAAAUUUUUACAGUGUUUUUGAGGGUGAGCUGUCUGACACAAUUCCAGUUGUGCACACAUCUAUAGCAGGAUGUCGAAUUAUUGGCCGCUUGACAGUUGGUAACAGACAUGGUCUCUUGGUCCCCAAUACUACAACAGAUCAGGAGUUACAGCACAUCCGUAAUGCUCUCCCAGACUCUGUGAAGAUCCAGCGUGUGGAGGAGAGGCUGUCAGCACUGGGGAAUGUCAUUGCUUGUAAUGACUAUGUGGCUCUGGUACACCCAGAUCUAGACAAGGAAACAGAGCAGAUUCUUGAAGACGUCCUUAAAGUUGAAGUAUUCCGUCAGACAGUGGCAGACAAUGUACUUGUUGGCAGCUAUUGCACCAUAACUAACCAAGGGGGGCUGGUUCACCCCAAAACUACAGUGGAAGACCAAGAUGAGCUGUCUUCACUGUUGCAGGUGCCUCUAGUGGCAGGCACAGUAAACAGAGGAAGUGAUGUCAUAGCUGCUGGCGUAGUGGCCAACGAUUGGCUAGCUUUUUGUGGAUUGGAUACCACUGCAACAGAACUGUCGGUCAUUGAGAGUGUGUUCAAGAUUGGAGAUGCACAGCCCAGUAAUAUUACCACAGAAAUGAGGGACUCUUUAGUUGACAGGUAA